CCCGCCGGUCACGUGACCCGCCUCUGCGCGCCCCCGGGCACGACCCCGGAGUCUCCGCGGGCGGCCGGGGCGCGCGUGCACGGAGGUUCUCCUUGUCCGCCCGUUGCUCAGCGAGGGAGGCUCUGCGCGUGCCGCAGCUGACGGGGAAACUGAGGCACGGAGCGGGUGAGACACCUGACGUCUGCCCCGCGCUGCCGACGGAGCUGUCCAGGCCAUCUCCAACCAUGGGAGUGAGGCACGCGCCCUGUUCCUGCCGGCUCCUGGCCAUCUGCGCCCUCGUGUCCUUGGCCACCGCUGCACUCCUGGGGCACAUCCUGCUCCAUGAUUUCCUGCUGGUUCCCCGAGAGCUGAGUGGCUCCUCCCCAGGCCUGGAGAAGACUCACCCAGCUCACCAGCAGGGAGCCAGCAGGCCAGGGCCUCAGGAUGCCCAGGCACACCCCGGCCGUCCCAGAGCAGUGCCCACACAGUGCGACGUCCCCCCCAACAGCCGCUUCGACUGUGCCCCUGACAAGGCCAUCACCCAGGAACAGUGCGAGGCCCGUGGCUGCUGCUACAUCCCUGCAAAGCAGGGACUGCGGGGAGUCCAGAUGGGGCAGCCCUGGUGCUUCUUCCCACCCAGCUACCCCAGCUACAAGCUGGAGAACCUGAGCUCCUCUGAAAUGGGCUACAGGGCCACCCUGACCCGUACCACCCCGACCUUCUUCCCCAAGGACAUCCUGACCUUGCAUCUGGACGUGAUGAUGGAGACUGAGAACCGCCUCCACUUCACGAUCAAAGAUCCCGCUAACAGGCGCUACGAGGUGCCCUUGGAGACCCCGCGUGUCCACAGCCGGGCGCCGUCCCCACUCUACAGCGUGGAGUUCUCCGAGGAGCCCUUCGGGGUGAUCGUGCGCCGGCAGCUGGACGGCCGUGUGCUGCUGAACACGACGGUGGCGCCCCUGUUCUUUGCGGACCAGUUCCUUCAGCUGUCCACCUCGCUGCCCUCGCAGUACAUCACAGGCCUCGCCGAGCACCUCAGUCCCCUGAUGCUCAGCACCAGCUGGACCAGGAUCACCCUGUGGAACCGGGACCUCGCGCCCACGCCUGGUGCAAACCUCUAUGGGUCUCACCCUUUCUACCUGGCGCUGGAGGACGGCGGGUCGGCACAUGGGGUGUUCCUGCUGAACAGCAAUGCCAUGGAUGUGGUCCUGCAGCCGAGCCCCGCCCUUAGCUGGAGGUCGACAGGUGGGAUCCUGGAUGUCUACAUCUUCCUGGGCCCGGAGCCCAAGAGCGUGGUGCGGCAGUACCUGGACGUUGUGGGAUACCCAUUCAUGCCGCCAUACUGGGGCCUGGGCUUCCACCUGUGCCGCUGGGGCUACUCCUCCACCGCCAUCACCCGCCAGGUGGUGGAGAACAUGACCAGGGCCCACUUCCCCCUGGACGUCCAGUGGAACGACCUGGACUACAUGGACUCCCGGAGGGACUUCACGUUCAACAAGGAUGGCUUCCGGGACUUCCCGGCCAUGGUGCAGGAGCUGCACCAGGGUGGCCGGCGCUACAUGAUGAUCGUGGAUCCUGCCAUCAGCAGCUCGGGCCCUGCUGGGAGCUACAGGCCCUACGACGAGGGUCUGCGGAGGGGGGUUUUCAUCACCAACGAGACCGGCCAGCCGCUGAUUGGGAAGGUAUGGCCCGGGUCCACUGCCUUCCCCGACUUCACCAACCCCGCAGCCCUGGCCUGGUGGGAGGACAUGGUGGCUGAGUUCCAUGAUCAGGUGCCCUUCGACGGCAUGUGGAUUGACAUGAACGAGCCUUCCAACUUCAUCAGGGGCUCUGAGGACGGCUGCCCCAACAAUGAGCUGGAGAACCCACCCUACGUGCCUGGGGUGGUUGGGGGGACCCUCCAGGCGGCCACCAUCUGUGCCUCCAGCCACCAGUUCCUCUCCACACACUACAACCUGCACAACCUCUACGGCCUGACUGAAGCCAUCGCCUCCCACAGGGCGCUGGUGAAGGCUCGGGGGACACGCCCAUUUGUGAUCUCCCGCUCGACCUUUGCUGGCCACGGCCGAUAUGCCGGCCACUGGACGGGGGACGUGUGGAGCUCCUGGGAGCAGCUCGCCUCCUCCGUGCCAGAAAUCCUGCAGUUUAACCUGCUGGGGGUACCUCUGGUCGGGGCCGACGUCUGCGGCUUCCUGGGCAACACCUCAGAGGAGCUGUGUGUGCGCUGGACCCAGCUGGGGGCCUUCUACCCCUUCAUGCGGAACCACAACGGCCUGCUCAGUCUGCCCCAGGAGCCGUACAGCUUCAGCGAGCCAGCCCAGCAGGCCAUGAGGAAGGCCCUCGCCCUGCGCUACGCACUCCUCCCCCACCUCUACACGCUGUUCCACCAGGCCCACGUCGCCGGGGAGACCGUGGCCCGGCCCCUCUUCCUGGAGUUCCCCAAGGACUCUAGCACCUGGACUGUGGACCACCAGCUCCUGUGGGGGGAGGCCCUGCUCAUCACCCCAGUGCUCCAGGCUGGGAAGGCCGAAGUGACUGGCUACUUCCCCUUGGGCACAUGGUACGACCUGCAGACGGUGCCAAUAGAGGCCCUUGGCAGUCUCCCACCCCCACCUGCAGCUCCCCGUGAGCCAGCCAUCCACAGCGAGGGGCAGUGGGUGACACUGCCGGCCCCCCUGGACACCAUCAACGUCCACCUCCGGGCUGGGUACAUCAUCCCCCUGCAGGGCCCUGGCCUCACAACCACAGAGUCCCGCCAGCAGCCCAUGGCCCUGGCUGUGGCCCUGACCAAGGGUGGGGAGGCCCGAGGGGAGCUGUUCUGGGAUGAUGGAGAGAGCCUGGAAGUGCUGGAGCGAGGGGCCUACACACAGGUCAUCUUCCUGGCCAGGAAUAACACGAUCGUGAAUGAGCUGGUACAUGUGACCGGUGAGGGAGCUGGCCUGCAGCUGCAGAAGGUGACUGUCCUGGGUGUGGCCACGGCACCCCAGCAGGUCCUCUCCAACGGCGUCCCUGUCUCCAACUUCACCUACAGCCCUGACACCAAGGCCCUGGACAUCCCUGUCUCGCUGUUGAUGGGAGAGCAGUUUCUCAUCAGCUGGUCUUAGCCAGGCGGAGUGUGUUAGUCUCUCCAGAGGGAGGCUGGUUCCCCAGGGAAGCAGAGCCAGUGCGGGCAGCAGCUCUGUGCGGGCCUGGGGGUUGGAUGUGUCACCUGGAGCCGGGCACUAACCGUCCCAAGCUGCCACAUCGCUUGUUUCCACCUCCUGGGCCAGGGCUCUGGCUCCCAACAUGUCUAGGAGAGGUUUCUCCCUAGAUCGCACUGUGGGCCAGGGCCCUGGAGGGCUGCUCUGCAUUAGUAAGAUGGUAAGGUUUGCCCUCCCCACCUGUUGCUGGCGUGCGGGUAGUGUUAGCCACCCCCCUCCAUCUGUCCCCAGCACCGGAGAAGGGGGUGCUCGGGUGGAGGUGUGGAAUGUGCACCUGAGCUCCUGGUGCUCUGCCCCAACGCGACUGCUGCCCGGCUGCCCAGAGGGCUGGAUGCCUGCCGGUCCCCGAGCAUGCCGGGGAACUCAGGAAAAUUCACAGGACUUGGGAGAUUCUAAAUCUUAAGUGCAAUUAUUUUUAAUAAAAGGGGCAUUUGGAAUCAG